GUUCUGUCAGUGUUGCUGCUGCAGCUGCUGAGAUGCGCCAGGCUGCAGGCUGUCGGUAAUGAGGGUGUGGGUGUGAAAACCAUUAAAAGGUGUUCCGGGUGCUACAACAUUCACCUGCGUCCUUCUUCUACCUUCUUCUACCUGUGACUUGUGGUAACCACUGUGGUGAAUACCUGUGCCGCCCUCUACAUCGCCUUCACCCCUGACCUGUGUCCAGUCUGCGACCGUCAUCGGCGAGGAUAUUGUGGUGCCAGUCAUUUCUUGUCCCUGAGGCAGAGCGAGCUUGUCCAGCCAGUCUGAUCCUGGACCUUCCAUCUGAGACACGUUACAUCAUUGCCCUGGAGGAGGAUACCAGGCGGGGUGGAAGCCGCCCCCGUGAAAGCACCGAACUAAUCUCUAAUGUACCGUUAACCCACAUCACCGUCAAGUCCAGAAGCACUGAGUUCAUCGCCAAGGUAACAGUAAUCCACAUCAUCUUGAAAACCAGUAAGACUGAGUGAAUCUGCGAGCUGACUCCUCGCCCACAUCCUCGGCAGCAGACGAUUUCGAUAAGCUGCCGUACAUCACUAGAAGUCGUGAGUAUCAGUGUCACCACAGCAGCCCACCUGAGGAUGACGCUGCCCGUCCUGACGUUCGCUGUCACUGUCGUGAUGACAAGUGUUCACCUGGUGUCCUGCCAUGAGACGACCAAAAACUUUCUAGUCAAUCCCAGCUUCGAAGAUGCAAAACUCGAACCUUCGUGGUCUGCAAAGAAAUUUCAGAUGCAACGGAACUCUGAGAUAAAAAAGCACGGCGACUAUUCUCUUCUUUGUACUGGAAGGACCAACCCUAACGCCGGGCCCCAGCAGCACAUCCACGGCCUGGUACCCGGGGGACGCUACGCGCUGCGCGCCUACGUCAGGCUGCUGGAGGACAAGCCGGGUAGACUGUGGCAGACCUUCAAGGCCGUCCUCACCUUCUACUUCGAUGGCGCCGAGACCACAGCCAGUAAAUUUACAAAAAGGUCAUGUAAAGGCUUGAAGAAACAAGAUAGAAAUAAAUGCCAGGCGGAUAAAAAGAAGACGAAAAAAGAGAAAAAAAAGAAAAAGACAGGCAAAAAGGAGAAAAAUAAGAAAAACAGGAAAAGCAAGAAAAAUUCGAAACAGAGAGACAGCAAGGACAACUCUCGCAGUCAAAUACGACAGAGGAGAGCAACGAAACCCUCGUCUGGGUCUUCACCCGAUAAACGUCGGGGAUCGGGAGACGAAGAAGAAAACGGCUACAUUAUCGCCUGGAGGCCUUUUGUCACAGCCAGCAAAGGGUGGAUUCCGCUUAUCGGCGAUCUCAACGCACCUAUGAAAAACAUCACAGGCGCGCGUCUGUCCAUCCAGGGUCCUGACGCCGGCCUCGACUUUCUGCUGGACGACCUGGUCCUAUACGAGGUCCCUGAGCAUCCGGACUGGGCCACUGAGGCUCUCGUCAGGAUUGACAAGCACAGGAAAAGCAACGUUCAUCUACAGGUGAGACUUCCUCCAGGAGUUAACCCUGCGGAUAUUGAGAUCCAGGUGGAUCAAAAGAAACACCUGUUUGCCUUCGGAUCAAAGGUGGCUGAUGAUGUGGUCCGAAAAAGUAGUGAGGGGGAAAAGCGCUUCCAAGAUAUAUUUUAUUACCUGUUCAACUGGGCGACAGUUGGCAGCUACAAAUGGAGAUUCGACAAAGGCACGCCAGAAAACCCGGAUUUCAGCAAUGCACUGGAAGCCACGGAGGUUCUGCUAAGAAAUGGAAUGAAAGUCCGGGGACACAGUAUUCUAUGGGGUGUAAAAAAGAACAUUCCAGAUUGGGUCACUAAGCUGGAGGGCAACCGACUCCGAGAAGAACUCGUGCGACGUGCUACUUACGUGACCAACAUCACCAGGGGAAGGCUGGCCCACUGGGACGUUCAGAACGAGUUUCUCCACGGUCAGUACUACGAGGAGACGCUUCAGGACCCCAACGUCACCAUGGAGAUGUUUAAGCUGGUCAAGCGCCUGGAUCCUGUCCCCAAACUUUACCUCAACGACUUCCAGGCCGUCACAAUCGGAGGAAACACGGAGGCAUAUCAUGACUUAGCGGAAGACUUCAAAGCUGCCGGGACAGGCAUCCAGGGUCUGGGAAUACAGGGGCACACUAAAGACUUCGUCAAACCGGACCCGACCAUGAUCUGGAGGCGACUGGAUAAACUGGCAGAAACUGGUUUAGAGCUCUUCAUGACGGAAUUCGAUCUGGGCUGGCCUGAUGAGGUGGUGCGCGCCGAUUGGCUGGAGGACGCUAUCAGAGCAUUCUUUGCCCACCCGGGACUCAGCGGCGUCAUCCUCUGGGACAUCUGGGACCUGCGGCAGCGCUAUCCUGACAAAGGCCUUCUCACUGGACCAGAACUCAAAUUUAUCGAGCCCGGCCAGCGGUUCGCCUGUCUGGUGAAGAAGGAGUGGAGCACCCACGUCACGUGGCGCCUGUCGGACAGUAACCAGACCCUCCGUCUGCGGGCCUUCCAGGGCCUCUAUGAUGUGGUGGUCAAGAAGAGAGGCGUACCAGUCCAGAAACUACAAAUGAGUCUCGGCAAACAGGACAUCGUCUAUCACAUCAAUGUCACGACCAGUAACGUGCCUGUCAAGAUACCUGUAGAGCACGACUUUGUUCCUCAGUGUGUCAGUCAUCGAGAUCAAAGGUCCUUGGGUGUGGCCGCUACAUAUGUCACAGACUCACCCCAUUCUUGUCUACAGCGCAUAGCCAAGGUGCAAAGGUCAGCGGGGUACAUGACCCACGUCUCCGUCACGUGUGAGGACGGCUACGUCAUGACGGACUGCAGUAGCUUCCUCACGGCCCUCGAUAUCGACUCUCAGGUUCAGUUGUCAGACAAGAUGGCGGUGAUCAACGGCAGCGCCACCUGUACUGCGUAUCUUCAUGGCAUGCUGCGGACAGCAGCAGAAUUGGUGGCCACGGCUCAGUGCUGCCGUCUGGAGGGACUCACGUGUGACUACCGGGUAGCAGGUCCCUCUGCCAUCUUUGACGGUGCCAGAGCAGAGGCUGUGUGUCCUGAUGGUUACUUCCCUUUCGGCUGCUCGGCAUACAGUCGCUGGUCUCACCACGCCGGGGUCAUGCCCAGUGGCACGUCAUGUGUUGCUCAGAGUGGACCCCCCAGCACCAGUGACCCCGCCAAACAGUCGGGAGUGAUAGUGACGGCUGCAUGUUGUCGGGGUGGAGUGCGGUGCCUCAUCGUGCAGUCAGACUUCGGUAAGGAGGGGUAUGCUCAAGUCACGUGUCCACCAAGUCACGUGAUGACUGGCUGCAGCGCCUUUGCCGUAGAUGGAAAGUUCAGAGGAGCCCGAACUGAAAGUAGUGUUUCUGUUUGCACCGCAACCAGUGGGACUGCUAUGGGAGUCAUAGCAUACGCCACGUGCUGCACAGACUGAGGAACAUCUUGCACGUCAGUCAUCUGUCAUCUGACUUGUUGAUGGGAAUGGUGAGAGGUACAUCAUGCAGCCUUGACUUUAGUGUCAUCAGUGACCUCUAACAUCAUGUUAAAGACAUGCUGCUUUACCACAUGGCUCUUGCCAUAGUUGUGGUCCUGUGACAGAGAAGGAAUGACACUACUCAGUCUAUAAUGUUUCUGUCUGCAAGUGACAAUAAACCUCAUAAUUGUG